AGCGAAAGCUCGCCGGUGGUCUCACCAGCUUUUACAGAGUUUCGAAAGCGUUCGUUACCUUCACAUAUCAUCGAGUCACAGAAGAAGGAGGCGCUAGCAAUGGUUACCGAAAAAGAAUCCGAGGACGAACAGCCGCAACAACUAUCUUUUUUUAAGCGGUACUUUCACAAACCGACUGUAGUAUCUGGUACUGGCGAUGAUGGGAGUGAUGCAGAACCAGUCCGUCGAUUCUCAGUGCUAUCUCGAGGGUUUGUGACACUGGCGGCAUUCCUCUGUCUGAUUAUAGUGGUCAUACUAUGCGCGGUCCUGGCUACGAUACUCGUACGACAUAAACACUUGGAGCAAGAACUCCGCAGGUCUCCUGUCCGUGAAGCAAUAUUUGCCAAUUUUGCAGAUCCGGUGGUACUCAAACACGAGGACUUGUUCUAUGCUUUCGCUACAACCAAUGCAGCAGGCAUUCUCGCACAAUCGAACGAUACAGCAGCUCUUGAGCUUCUUGCUAUGGGCAAAAGCAAUGUGCAGAUAGCAACAAGUCCCAACUUCAAGGACUGGACAUUACUGAACCACACACACGAUCCUCUUCCACAGUUGGGCGGCUGGGUCAGGCCUGGGCUCACGGAAAAUCUGAACCCAAAGGCAAACGUUUGGGCUCCGGCUGUCAUCAAGAGACCCAGUGAUGGCAAGUUCGUCCUUUACUAUUCCGCUGCGUCAGCAGAUUCUCCAAAGGACGCACCAAGGUCAUCCCAUUGUAUCGGAGCUGCAAUCUCGGACACGUCUUCGCCAGCAGGCCCAUACCUACCAUUGAACGCAACCAUUGCUUGUCCCAUUGAUGAAGGCGGCGCUAUCGAUCCAUCUCCCUUCAUCGAUACAGACGGAUCCUUCUUUGUGACGUACAAGGUCGAUGGCAAUAAUGUCGGACACGGUGGGGAGUGUGGCAACACUGUCAAGCCCCUGGUACCCACCCCAAUCAAGCUUCAAAAGAUGAUGGCAGAUGGUGUCACGCCAGACGGGUCAGACAUCACCAUCCUCGAUCGCACCGAAGACGAUGGUCCUCUAGUGGAAGCGCCAGUCAUUGUCAGAAGCCCAGAAGGAACCUACUUCCUGUUCUUCUCGUCUGGAUGUACCCGAAAUCCUUCUUACGAUGUGAAAUACGCGUUCGCGAACGACGUUCGUGGCCCGUACCAACGAGCAAAGAAGCCUUUGCUGAGAACAGGCGACUUCAACUUGACCGCACCAGGGUCAAUCGGUGUCAUGGAUAUGGAAGACGGUACGUAUGGAAUGGUCUUCCAUGCUCGAGUUCAGGCAUCGUACGGAAAAGUCAGAGCAAUGUAUACUUCGGCCAUUCGAUUUAACGGGACCGAAGUCAUAUUAGUCAAGAAGAUC